CAUAUUUCAUUCUUUUGCAGUCAUGCGGCGCGUGACGUCAUUUUGUGUGUUGGUCGCAUCCAUGCUGAUCCUCAUACAGGGAGCUCGCUCUGAACAUGCCUUUCGUCAGAACGACCGACCACCGAACGCUGUAGAACGCGAUGCCGAUAAAUAUAACAGGCCCCAAGUUUCCGCGAAGCUGCCGAUAAACCCACAAGACCAAGAUGAUUUAUGUCCAAUAAAAACAGAUGCUUGGGUAGAAUCAGCGAAAACAACUGAGAAAGUCGCUGAUUUGACGAGAGUACCUGUCUCUCGUAACAGACAAGAUGUCGGACAGAGUUCUACAAGGAUACAACGGCGGAGAGAUACCAGGCAGGUUGUUAGACAAAGUACUGCAAGGCUUAAUCGGCGGAAGGAUACAGGUUCCAGGGAUAUUGUCAGGCAAAGUACUGCUAGGAGAUAUAGGAGGAGGGAUACAGGCACUAUAGAUGUCGUCAGACAGAGUACUAAUAGGAGACAUAAUCGAAGAGAUACCGGUACCAGAUAUGUUGUCAGGCAAAAUACUGUUAAAGAACACAGGCGGAGAGAUACAGGCAACAGAGAUGUUGUCAGGCGAAUAACUACUAUGAGGCAGAGACGGACUGAUACAGGUACCAGAUAUGUCAGGCAAUUUACUGCUAGGAGACAUAGGCAGAGUGAUCACGAAUUCAGACGUGUCACUGCAGCAUCAUCACAGGGCAGGUCUACUAGACGAAGUCGACUGGAAGUGAAUCGUCGGAGAAACAGAAAUACCAGUAAACGACAUCAGGUCACAGGUGCACUGCAUCAAGCGGUAUCAGACCUCGAAUCAUCACCGCGCGUUCCUGUGGUCGAGCGGGAACUUGAGACUGAUGUUCGUCGCCGAAUAAGACACAACACCAAGCGAGCCCGUAAGAGUAUCAGACGUGAUGAGUUGGGUCGUAUUUCCGUACCUCUUGAUUCCUAUACCGAUUCGGUAAUUGGUCUAUUUACUAUGCAAACUAGCAAAAGACGCCAAAGACAUGAUUAUCCUCGGUCUAACAGAAGAGUCGUUCGCAGAGUGAGACAAACGCGAGUGUAUAAACGCAUUUCCUCCAGUAUUGGUUUAGAGGGGAUAAACAAUAAUAAAGAUGAUUCCCUUAGUGGACGUAUUGACGAUAUUGAAAAUGGAGGUUUGGAAAUGGAAAAUGUAGAAAAGUCAUCGAAUAACUGGCAAUUUGAGAUGACGCAAUCAAACGUGACAGCACAAUACGGUAUUGGUUUGGCGGGUGUUAGCUCAGAACAGAUUGUGACUAAUGGGAACCACGUCAAUAUUGAACAUAACAAGGUCAAUACCAGAAACAAUCCCGUCGUGUUACAAAGGCAGAAUAGACGGUCUAGCAAGCGCCGUACAGUUACGAAACGGCGUGUCAAAAAUGAAUCUAGGCGAUUCGAAAGUGUGCACAGUAACACUCGUAUUACUGCACGCCGUGAAAAUAAUGCGCGGCGUGAACAUCGCAGGUCUACUCGUAGUAAUUUGACUGUUAUACGACAGAAAACUCGGAGGUUUAUACAUCGAUCUAAUGACGCCACGGAUCGUAUAUCUGUUCGAGUCAAACUUGUUGACAAUAAACGCAAUUCUGUGAGUGACUCCUCGCGAAUCAAUACAGGAAGUGAAAUUCGGAACAAACGCCUAAAACACCGGGAUCGGUCCACAAGAGGAAUUCGCCGCAUAGCGCGAACCACAGAAUUAAGGAAUUCACGUUCAAGGAGAAGUACGGUAUACAGAUCUGUACCGGGAAAUGAUCAAAUAAAAGAGUUGAUCAAUAAUUCAGAACAUGUAACGUCACACUCCGUGUAUUUACACCGGGAAACCCCAAACCAGACAAGAUCACGGAGAAACUCUGUCAGUGGGCGCCGUAGAAGGGAAUUUCGAUCUCGUCAUGGACGCCGCGGACUCGAAGACAAAAUUAUAUCACAAUAUGAACAUAAUGAUUCAUACACGAACAGGAACAGCAUUGAUGUGCCAGCAACCAAUUAUGCAACGAGGAAUUCACGAGGCGUCGUAAGAAGGAUGACUGGAUCAAGACGAGAUACACGGACGUUCAGACAGACGCAGAAGUUUGCCAUCACACUCACCAAAGGCCUUGAUAGCAACAACGAAAUUCUUCCAAGUUCAACAUCCCGACAUAACCAAAGGUGGUGGUGUAACUGUUGACGACUUACCGGUCUCCAUAUCCACAAAAUACGACUCCACGAAACAUCCGGGCACUGGAACACUCGGUCACUAUCUGAACUACCUCCUCUCGUGCGUAAAGGCCUACCCAACUCACCAGCUCCCUAACCACGGAUUAUCAUCUGGAAAUACCACACAGGAGACGGACAGCUGUGUCCGCGGAGUGAUGCUGGGCGUGGUCGCAAUCCUGAGUACCCAGGUAGUCCAGAGAGUAUCCGCACCACCCUUGUCCUUAGGGCGGAUCAGACAAAGCCUACUCGCCUAACACCGACUUCUGACGUCAUAUCGGAUAGCAAUACGGAAUAAAGACAAUUACUAUUUUCGUUGUUUUGUAGGAGUGGAGAUCUCAGUUUUUGACAACAUUAUCUUUUGAGUAAGUCGAAAGGCGACUGUAUAUAUACGUAUUGUAGUGGAUUUAUAACUGCUCAUAUAAUUAUAUUGUCUGUCUUAAUUGUUGCUAAUUCUAAAUGUGUGUAAAAAUUUGAAGGGAAAUAAAAUUGUAAACAGCACUGAGUCAUGUCGUCAUCGACAUUGAAUAAAAUGUCGUAAACA